AUGGUCAGCGACGCUUUGAGUAGGAAGUCUCUAUUCGCUUUGAGGGUCAUGAAUACACAGAUGACCUUAUAUGAUGAUGGUUCCAUUUUAGCUGAAUUGAGAGCUAGGCUGACUCUUCUCCGUCAAAUUUGUGAAGCUCAAAUAUCCGAUGAGGAAUUACAAGCUAUGAAAUUUCAGUGUGAAGAAACUCGUGAACAGGACUUUCAGACUGAGUCCGAUGGAUGCUUGAGAUUUUGGGGAAGAAUCUGUGUUCCGAAGAAUGCCGAGUUGAUCCAGACUAUUUUAGACAAGGCACAUAACAGUUGUAUGUCAAUUCAUCUGGGAAGCACCAAGAUGUACAAUGACUUGAAGGAAGCUUAUUGGUAA